UGAGAAGCCACGCUUAGGUUGUGUGGGUGGAGCCCGCCGUCCAGCGCUGUCAGUUUGGAAAGUGCAGUGACCAUGCCCUUGGAACUUCAAUGAAAACACAUAACUAAUUUUUAGCAAUAUUAAGUACACCUGCAAAAGUCAAGGGCUGAGAUAACACCAUCAUGGGGUUCCUGCUGUCUAAAUCCAUGGACCAGAACUUUCAGAAGCAACAGGAGUUCAUGCUGCACAAUGCCAGACUUCAGAUGGAACGUCAGAUCCUGAUGCAGGACCAGAUGAGGGAGAGGAUGGUGGCCAUGCAGAUUGCCUGGUCCAGAGAGUUCCUCAAGUACUACGGAGCCUUCUUCAGUCUAGCCACACUGGGGCUGACCUUAGGUGCAAUAAAGCAGAAGAGGCCGGCCUUCCUUGCUCCCCUGGUCCCUCUCAGCUUUGUGCUAGCCUAUCAAAUGGACAUGGCCUACGGAACGUUAGGGUACCGGAUGAGGGGUGAGGCAGAGAGCAUCAUGGCUUCUGAACACGAUCGUCUGCCCAUGCCCCACGGGACUCCAACCUAUGAGAGCAUAGAGAAGGCUCGCCGUGCUCGCAGUCACCUGACGUCACUCCUGGAGAAGUAACGCACACCUGACGUGGGGUCUGUGGAGCCAGCCAUCCAAUCAGCACAGACCCCAGCACUUCCUUCCUCGAGGAUAGGACAAUUGAUUGGUUCACACCUUCAUUGACAGACGGUCCCAGUACCGAGCACAUAAAGAAUGUAUGAGAUGAGCUGCAGGAGUGACAGUUCACAUUUACAGGAUCUGCAUACAAGUCAUGCUAAAUUUGAAUCAUGUCACUGAAUCAUUUGUCCAGUACAGAAUUAGAAUUAAGUUAUUUGUAUUGUCCUAGUUCUAUUCUUUACAAUGGUACUACAUGUAUAUGGGUGCAGAGAUACUUAUUAUAUACAUGUAAAUAUUAUACUGCAAAAUGGAGGUGUCUUACUGGCCAUGAUUGUGACAGCCAAAAUGUGUCACCACUUUGGUGACAGUAUGUGCAUUAACAGUGAAAAGUAUGCUUCAUACAUUAGCCUACAAUAUGCAUUUUUUGUUGAAUCAUUUAGGAAAAUAUGUAAUUGGGAAUGUGAUUAGCACCCAUGUUCUUUAAAAAGAAACAACACUAUUUUUUUAUUCUAUCAUGUAGACCUAUAAUUUUCCUUCAAAAUAGAAAAGCCUAAAUUAUCGAUAUAGCUCUUUAUGUAGGCAGGAAAAGAUCUAUUUCCAUACUGUCUGAAUCUUCCAUGAUGUGAGGUCAUUGUAUGAUAUGUACAAGCCUUUUUAAACGAAUAAUAAAGUCAAUUUCAGAGGG